AUGCAGCAAGUGGCAUUGCCAGCCCCAGCCCCGUUGAUCUACCUGUUAACUGUUAACCUCGACCAGCCCUCCGCCAGAACGCCACUGCUUGCCGAAGCGCGGCCGUCAGGCGAGUCCCAACGUUCUGACGACCGUGCCGAAGAAGAAGAUGCUGCCCUGCUUGGAGGACGAGGCAGAGAUGACCGUGGCCAGCGGUCCGUGAGGAGCUCGUGGUCUAGCCGCCUGCGUGAGCUGCUCUUGUUUGCCUGGGCGCUGAUGGCGACGGCGGCUGUCAUUGUCCUCGCUGCAUGGGUUCAACACAAGCAAUCUGGCGACGCGCCAUCCGGCGGAACAACGCCGCCCGGCAAGCGGAACCUUAUCUUCAUGGUGUCCGACGGCAUGGGCCCGGCAUCCCUCUCGCUCACUCGUUCGUUCCGUCAGCUCGUCGAGGACAUCCCCAUCAAUGAUACCCUAGCACUGGAUCGUCACUUCUGGGGCACGAGCCGCACCCGUUCGAGCAACAGCCUAGUCACCGACUCGGCGGCCGGUGCCACUGCGUUUUCCUGCGCCCGCAAGUCGUACAACGGCGCCAUUAGCACCCUGCCUGACUUCACACCCUGCGGCACAGUCCUCGAGGCUGCCAAGAGAGCAGGCUACCACACCGGCCUUGUCGUCACCACUGACAUCACGGACGCCACACCAGCGUGCUUCGCCAGCCACGUCAACUACCGCACGCAAAACGACGAGAUCGCCCUGCAUGAGAUUGGCGAGGGUCCGCUGGGCCACGUUGUCGACUUGAUGCUUGGCGGCGGCCGCUGCCAUUUCUUGGCUAACUCGUCCAAGGGCAGCUGUCGUCAAGAUGAUGUCUUUGUCGCCGGCAUUGCGCAGAAGCACGGCUGGACGUACCUCGACGACCGCUCCGGCUUUGACUCGCUGAAGCUGGGUAAAAAUGUCUCGCUACCGACGCUGGGUCUUUUCGCUCACUAUAACAUCCCUUUCGAGAUCGACCGCCGCAAUAUGGCCGACAUCUAUCCCAGCUUGAGCGAGAUGGCCGCGACUGCGCUCCGUGCUUUAGAAACGGCGACCAAGGACAGCGACAAGGGUUUCUUCUUGAUGAUCGAGGGCAGCCGUAUCGACCACGCUGCCCAUUUCAACGACCCGGCCGCCCAUGUCCGCGAGGUGCUCGAAUACGACAAGACGUUCCAGUUGGUCCUUGAUUUCCUCGAGAAAAGCGACGUCGAGGGUGUACUUGUCUCCACAAGUGACCAUGAGACUGGUGGUCUUGCCAUUGCUCUCCCCUCUGCUGAGCAUUUGGCCUUGCUCUUGCGCGCGCAUGUUGCAUCUAUCACCGAGGCUGGAGAUAUUGCUGCGCAAAGUGCGGAACGGCUGAAGGACUGGAUCAACACAAGCCUGAUCAUUGAAGGCCUCGGUAUAACCGAUGCCCUCGACGAGGAGCUCGACUUGGUUGCAGCGCACACCGACGACGCGACAACCGUUCUUUCCGCUAUCCUUAGCUUGCGGGCACACAUCGGCUGGAGCACACAUGGCCACUCGGCUGUGGAUGUAAACAUCUACAGCUCGGGCGGCUCAGCAGCCGAGCAGAUCCGUGGCAACCAUGAGAAUACUGACAUAGGAAAGUUCUUGCGAGAGUACCUCGGUGUCAGCGUCGACGAGAUCACGGCGGAACUCAACGACAAAAUGGUUGCCGGCCAACCAGCUCACGCUCCGAUGACGGCACAAGGUGUUCCUGUGACGGAAUACGAGAUGGAGGGACUGCAGAAGCAUUAUUUGCCAUAG